UUCAUAUCAACUUUUCUGCUGACAGCUCAGGAAAAGGCUCACAGAGCCAAGAUGAUAUACAUGUCAUCCACAACAAUCAACUGGACCUGCGGGAGAUAGUAUUCGUCCUCCAGAGUCAAAGCAACUCAUUCCAUGUGGGGCAGGCAGAAAGACGGAGAGCAGAUUUACUGAAGCAGGCACACAGUCUCACAGAGGUAAGAUUCAAGGCUCACCUUUCACUCCUGCACACUUUUUGGUAUAUGAGGAGUACAUACCUUUUAGGAGAAAUCUGUGUAGGUCAAAAUCAUCACUAGGAGUAAAAGUCGCAC